GCCAAAAGGGCCAUUGUUGUUCCGUGAGCCGCUAGAGUACAGCCACAGCCAGCCACCCGCUUCGUCCGAUUUCGUGCGAUGAAAAGCUUUGCUCCGAUACUCCGUGUUCAUCCGUUUUCUGCUCGUCUCCUUCGUAUUUCAACCAAUGGUCUUCGGUCCUAGAGUCAACAAGUUCAUACCCUACCUCUCGCUCGGUGUUGCUACGGCAGCCUUCAUCUUCCAGACGACGGUCUUGUAUCCCUGGCACCACGAACUAGACGACGCCUUCCACAAGCUCAAAGGCGAGCAGGCGAGAAUGCUCAAAGAUUUUCACGACAUGAAGCUGAAACGUUUUGAUGAACUGGAGAGGAAGGUCAUUGGUGUCGAGAGACGGCAAGAUGUCGUAGAACAGGCGGCACGACACCUGUGAUUGCUGUUGUACCCAUAGAUGUAGAGUACAUAACCUAUUUAUAUAAUACUGCGCGGAUUACAGCGCUUCUUACACUCCCGACCCUAAUGGCUCAUCUACGAACAAUUUUCGAUCUACGAUAUUCUACAAGCUCGGGGACGACAGUUUUUCUGA